AUGACUACACCUACUCCUCCACUUGGUUGCCAUCAUGGCCUGGGAUCCAGAUACUACAGACUCUGUGAUAGGAAUGAAGCCUGGGGCAUUGUCCUGGAAGCUUUGGCUGUGUUUGGGAUUGUAACCACAGCUGCCUUCAUGCUUACUCUCCUGAUCCUCGUCUGCAAGGUGCAGGACUCCAACAAGAGAAAAGUGCUCCCGACUCAGUUUCUCUUUCUCCUGGGGGUUUUGGGGAUCUUCGGCCUCACCUUUGCCUUCAUCAUCCAACUGGACAGUGGAACGGGGCCCACACGCUUCUUCCUUUUUGGCAUCCUUUUUGCUCUCUGCUUCUCUUGCCUCUUGGCUCAUGCUUUGAACUUGAUAAAACUGGUUUAUGGGAGGAAGCCUCUCUCCUUGCUGAUGAUCCUGGCCCUAGCUGUGGGCUUCAGCCUGGUACAAGAUAUCAUUGCUGUUGAAUACCUUGUCCUCACCAUGAACAGGACCGAUGCCAAUAUCUUUUCUGAGCUUUCUGUUCAACGUCGCAAUGAGGACUUUGUCAUGCUGCUCAUCUAUGUCCUCAUCCUGAUGGUGCUGACCUUCCUCACAUCCUCCUUCACUUUCUGUGGAUCUUUCACUGGCUGGAAGAGACACGGGGCACAUAUCUUUCUCACCAUGUUUUUCUCUAUUGCCAUCUGGGUGGCCUGGAUAACCCUGCUUUUCAUCCAUGAUGUUGCUUCAGAGUGGGAUGAUACCAUCCUCAGCUCAGCCUUGGUUGCCAAUGGCUGGGUUUUCCUGCUGAUUUACAUUGUGCCUGAGUUCCACCUGCUCACCAACCAACGGAACCCCAAGGAUUACCCCGUGGAGGAUGCUUUUUGUAGACCUCAGCUCAUGAAGAGUGGAAUGGAGAACACAGCCUAUUCUCAGCAGAUCACUCAAGGUACAGAACCUGUCUGGGUGGAGAAUUCCUGUCUUGAACUAGAUGACUCACUCUAUGCUCCUUAUUCCACCCAUUUCCAGCUGCAGACUCGGAACUCAAAGGAUUUCUCCAUUCCACGGCCCCAGAUGCGGGAAAGUCCUUACAGUAACUAUGAAGGAAGGAAAGAGGGCAGCUAA